AUGGCUAAUGAGAGUGAUAUCACCAAAGUUUGGAUAAGUCCAUCUGCUAGUUAUGCUAUAUACGGGAACGUUAAUGACACAAAAGAGUAUUCGGAGGAUAUUCCAACCCAAGUCAUGAAGGCGCAAAAAAAUGAAAACGAAAUCAACGGAAUGCGUGAAGGAAACUUACAAGACGCCGUCGCUGUGAUCGAGUGGUUACAUUGGAUGGAGGGCGCUGUUGUCGAAUCUAAUGGUGAUAUUGAAAAACUAAGUGAACUUUCUGCAGACGCAAAAGUACUGGAAUUUAGAGAGAAGCAGCCAGAUUUUGUUAUGCGCAGUUUUGGUUCAAUUUCUGCUUUUGGUGAAAAUGCUGCGGUUAUUCAUUACUCGUCAACGCCGGAAACUAACGUCGCCAUUACCGACCAAAACGUAUACAUGCUGGACUCAGGUGGACAAUACCGUUGUGGGACCACAACUGAUACUACUAGAACGAUGCAUUAUGGGACGCCAGCAGACCGCCAUAAGGAAGCCUACACACGUGUACUUCAAGGGGUCAUUGAUCUGUCCAGAAGCAUUUUUCCACAUGGCAGAACGGGUCGUGAUGUGGACACCCAUGCUCGUCAACAAUUAUGGAAUAAUGGAUGGGAUUUCAACCAUGGUACUGGGCAUGGUUUAGGUGCGAUGUUGAAUGUGCACGAAGUGUUAUAUGCAUGCAAUGCAUUACCAGCCCCACUUCCCGAUGAAUAUAACCAUGGUAUAUCAAGACACCGUGCUAAGCGUACUUCAUCCGUUACUACGGUUCGAGACUGCAGCAAUCCUUAUAACCCGUAUUUACCGCCCACUGCCACUGAUACUACUGCGAGGAUCAACGAUUUGAGGAAGAAAAUGCGAGAAAUUGAACGUAGAAAUAUUAUUGCAUACAUUAUACCUUCUGAAGACUCACACGACGUAAGUAUGGUCUACAUUUGA